GGAAGGCCAGGACCCAGCAAAAGAGCCACACUGUACCAGACAUAUCAUCCACUUUCUCACGAAACAAACAGAGACCAAAAGCCAUUAGAAGCAGUAACCACCAAUCUUUCAGACUACCGAAACGACGCCGACCCCAACUUGCAUGCUCUCUCCCUCUCUCCUCCACACUCCUCCACAAUUCCCUUCCACUUCGCACCCCAAAACUGUUAAACCCUCACACUCUCCUCCUUCACUCCUCGCAAUGAAGGACCGGCCUCCGUCCUCUUACGGCGCCAUUUACGUCCCUCCCCACCACCGCCUGCGCUCCGUCAUCACAUCCCCCAGUUACACCUCCGCCGCUCUCAUAGACUCCAAGCUCCGCGAAGCUCAAAGCGCCGCUCUAAACCCUAGAGCCAGUCCACUGCCUUACUUGCAAACCCAGCAAGAACAGCUCCACAAGGCAAAUUCGCAGCACGAUGAUCGGCUCUCCGAGGAAGGCUCCGAUCAUGAGUUCGAGUCGUUGUCGCAAUGGGGUGAUUCCCCCUCUAAUAACGUUGUUGAGUGGAAACGGAAGUUUACAAUGCUUUUACGCGACAAGGAGAAGCAAGAGUUGAUCUCAAGGGAAAAAAAGGAUAGACAUGAUUUUGAGCAAAUAUCAGCUUUGGCAAGCAGAAUGGGGCUAUAUAGCCAACUGUAUUCAAAAGUUGUUGUCUUUAGUAAGGUCCCACUGCCGAACUACAGAUUCGAUCUGGAUGACAGACGUCCACAGAGGGAGGUGGCACUGCCUCUUGGGUUGCUAAGAAGGGUUGAUUCUUAUUUUGGAGAAUACCUCUCUCAAAAGGCUAAGGCUAGGGAAAACUUUUCAGAUGUAUCAUUUUCGAGAACAAGCAGCAGCUGUAGUAUUGCCACUGAUGAAGGGCUUUUUGAGCAACCUGAGCCACUGGCAGCUAGUAAGACUGUUUUGGAAAAAAUUCUUAGGCGAAGAAGUUUGCAACUGCGUGAUCAGCAACAAGCUUGGCAGGAAUCUCCUGAAGGUAGAAAAAUGCUAGAAUUUCGUAUGAGGCUCCCAGCUUAUAAAGAAAAGGAUGCAUUGCUGACAGCUAUUGCACGAAAUCAGGUUGUUAUUAUCUCAGGUGAAACUGGCUGUGGCAAGACCACUCAAAUUCCCCAAUUCAUCUUAGAAUCAGAGAUAGAAUAUGUUCAUGGAGCUGUUUGUAACAUUAUCUGUACCCAGCCAAGACGAAUAUCUGCUAUGUCUGUUUCUGAAAGGGUUGCUUCGGAGAGAGGAGAGAAAUUGGGUGAACACGUUGGAUAUAAAGUUCGGUUGGAAGGUAUGAAAGGGAGGGAUACCCGCCUUCUCUUUUGCACUACUGGCAUCUUGUUGAGAAGAUUGCUAGUUGAUAGAAACUUGAAAGGUGUAACUCAUGUUAUUGUGGAUGAGAUUCAUGAGCGUGGAAUGAAUGAAGAUUUUCUGCUUAUCGUCCUAAAAGAUCUCCUUCCUCGGCGGCCAGAACUUAGGCUAAUUCUGAUGAGUGCAACCCUUGACGCAGAGCUUUUCUCAUCCUACUUUGGUGGGGCUCAGAUAAUUCACAUCCCGGGUUUUACAUACCCGGUUCAGACUCAUUUCCUGGAGAAUAUUGUGGAAAUGACGGGUUACAGAUUGACCCCGUACAACCAGAUUGAUGAUUAUGGUCAAGAGAAGAUGUGGAAAAUGAGCAAACAUGCACCAAGAAAGAGGAAGAGCCAAAUUGCUUCCGUUGUUGAGGAUGCUCUCAGAGCAGCCGAUUUUAAGGAGUAUAGCCCCCAGACUCGUGAAUCUUUGUCAUGUUGGAAUCCUGAUUGUAUUGGUUUUAAUCUCAUAGAGUUUCUUUUAUGCAAAAUAUGUGAAAAUGAGAGGCCUGGUGCUAUCCUAGUUUUUAUGACUGGCUGGGAUGACAUAAGUUCUCUGAAAGAUAAGUUGCAAGCACAUCCUUUCUUAGGAGAUCCAAGCCGUGUUUUGUUGCUAGCAUGCCAUGGGUCUAUGGCCAGUUCAGAGCAGAGGUUAAUAUUUGAUGAGCCUGAUGAUGGAGUGAGGAAACUAGUGCUUGCUACUAAUAUUGCCGAGACCAGCAUUACUAUUAAUGAUGUUGUGUUUGUUAUUGACUGUGGAAAGGCUAAAGAGACAUCUUAUGACGCAUUGAAUAACACUCCUUGUUUGCUUCCGUCCUGGAUUUCCAAGGUUUCUGCUCAACAAAGAAGAGGAAGAGCUGGCCGCGUUAGACCUGGAGAAUGUUACCAUCUCUAUCCUAGAUGUGUAUAUGACGCUUUUGCAGAGUAUCAAUUGCCGGAAAUUUUAAGGACACCUUUGCAGUCUCUCUGUCUGCAAAUAAAGAGUUUGAAACUUGGAAGUAUUUCUGAGUUCUUAUCUAGGGCUUUGCAGUCACCAGAAUUACUAGCGGUUCAAAAUGCUAUCGAGUAUCUAAAAAUUAUUGGUGCCCUCGAUGAGAAUGAAAAUCUGACAGUCUUGGGACGCUAUUUGACUAUGCUUCCAAUGGAACCAAAACUUGGAAAGAUGCUCAUCUUGGGGGUUAUCUUCAAUUGCCUGGAUCCAGUAUUGACUAUUGUCGCUGGCCUCAGUGUCAGAGAUCCUUUCUUAACACCAUUUGACAAGAAGGAUCUUGCAGAGGCUGCAAAAUCUCAGUUUUCCCGGGAUUACAGUGACCACUUUGCUCUUGUCCGGGCCUAUGAAGGUUGGAAAGAUGCUGAAAGAGAUAUUGCUGGAUAUGAAUACUGCUGGAGAAAUUUUCUUUCAGUGCAAUCAAUGAAAGCUAUUGAUUCUCUUAGGAAGGAGUUUUUCUCUUUACUCAAGGAUACUGGCUUGGUUGAUGGCAACACAACCUCCUACAAUGCAUGGAGUCAUGAUGAGCAUCUCGUCCGAGCAGUUAUUUGCAAUGGGCUAUAUCCUGGAAUUUGCUCUGUUGUGCACAAUGAAAAGUCAUUUUCACUGAAAACUAUGGAAGACGGUCAGGUGCUUCUAUACUCGAACUCAGUCAAUGCUCGGGAAUCUAAAAUUCCAUAUCCGUGGCUAGUUUUCAACGAGAAGAUAAAGGUGAAUUCUGUUUUCCUCCGGGAUUCAACAGCUGUUUCUGAUUCAGUGCUUCUCCUAUUUGGUGGGAGCAUCUCAAGAGGGGAUACCGAUGGACACUUGAAAAUGUUGGGAGGAUAUCUCGAAUUCUUCAUGAAUCCUUCUUUAGCAGACAUGUAUCAAAGUUUAAGGAAAGAACUUGAUGAGCUUAUUCAGAAAAAACUACUGUAUCCCAGAAUGGACAUACACACCCAUCAUGAGCUCCUAUCUACCGUGCGGUUGCUGGUUUCAGAGGACCAAUGUGAUGGCAGAUUUAUAUUUGGCCGCCAGGUCCUUAAGCCCUCAAAGACAUCUGAUAUGGCAACAAAGCCGUCCUUGGUUUCAAGAAUUGAAAGUGGACCUGGGGGUGAUAAUUCUAAGAGUCAGCUCCAGACAUUGAUCACUAGGGCAGGAUAUGUUGCACCCAUUUACAAGACUAAGCAACUGAAGAACAACCAGUUCCGGGCCACUGUGGAGUUUAAUGGAAUGCAAAUUAUGGGUCAGCCUUGCAACAACAAGAAGAGCGCAGAGAAAGAUGCUGCAGCUGAGGCUCUUCAGUGGCUUAUGGGUGGAAACCAAGCAGGCCAUGAUUGUAUAAAUCAUAUGUCAAUCUUGCUGAAGAAAAUCAAGAAGGAUCAUAGUUAAACACUAAUGUGGACGGCUCUCCCGUCAAGAGCUUCCAGGGAAAGCCGUGAUCACAGUGAACCGUUUUCUGGAAUAGUUGUGAGACUGUGUGGAUCCAGAUCCCCUCUUCCUUCGUGAAAAGGUUAGGUGGUGUAGUUGUCACUUAAAAAAUCCAUCAAAUCUGACAAUGACAUAUCCAUACUGCCACAGGCAAUCAGACACGGGCAUACUUACCAUCAAAGAUCAGAGUUGCAUUCAAGGUAAACAUUUUUUGAUUGAUGUAUAAUGUGGGCUCAUCUGCUAUUGUUUCAUGGAGCUACAAGCCAACUGAAUGAGGUUGAGGGGACUGCGGUUGGCCUGUUUUGUUCCUUACGUGCUUUUGCUUGUACUGGGGGACAAUUGAUGGUGACCAGUAAGUAAAGAGUAGUCAAAGAUAGGCUUAGGGGGUUGGUACAUAACAUCAAUGGACAAGAUAAGAUACAUUGGAGAGAGGCAGUGAUAUAUUACCCCGUUCUUGAGCUCAGCUAUAAUUGAGAUUGUAAUCACUUUUUAUGUAUAUUACUAUUCUUUUGAAAGUGAUUAGUGGGCUUGUAUUGAGGGGUGAUUUCAUUUUC